AUGGCUACCACCAGCAUUCCUGCGACGAAUUCUUCCCCGGGAUCCACCCCCACCGCCGCCGUCGGCGUGGCAGAAAUCACGGCGACCGGCGUCCCGGCGAUGACGCAAGGCCAUGUGCAUGUGUCCCCUGCGUUCCAGCACCCGUUCGUGACGCCUUCCCCCUUCUACAAUAAUUCCAUCCCCUCGACGGGAUGGAGUUCGAAGCCGGUGUUCCUCCGCCACGCAAACCUCAUCCUGCGGUGCCUCGGCUUCGUCUUCUCCUUCGCCGCCAUCCUCGCCGUCAUCGCCCCCAAAGAUGACUCCAGUAGACCCAAAUUUACGAAAACCCCGGAAUUCAGGUGAGGACAUUGGUAUUAUUUUCAUCCCUGUGUAUGCGAUUACUAGUUAUUAUUUAAUCCUGAUUUCUCCAGCGUAUUUGGAUUUUCAGGUAGGAAUUUUCAGCUGGCAUUUUGUUUCGUUCAUCCCAAUCAAAUUCACCUGAUGAAAACUCAAUACCCAAGAGCAAUAUUAUCAUAAUAUUAGCAUGAUUAUGAGUUCCAAACUUUAAUAUUAUCAGAUUCUACAAUCAUAGUAAUUCAGUCCUGGCUAACUUGAAAUCUGGUUCUCUCAUCUUAUUAUUUUUUUUUAUCAAUUUUAUUUGUUUCAAGCUAAUAAAAUUAAAGUCCUCCACUUACAUAUGAAUAGAUUAUUUCUCCCCACUUCAAGAUUAACCUGAUGUAGAUAUCCAUUUCAUGCUCAGGUACUGGCUAAGUGUAAAUUCUAUAUCUUCACUUUAUUCAGCGAUACAAUUGUUCAAAUGUAUCUGGGACAUAUCCUUCAAGAGCACUUUUAUCUCAGAUGUGGCGUAUGAUUACAUCACUUUCAGCCUUGAUCAGGUAUAAUCAUGCUAUUAUACUGUUCUUAAUCUGACUGAAACCCAUAAACACACGUCUGCGUGUGUGUGUGUGUGUGUGUGUGUGUGUGUGUCUUUUGAAAGCUAAUCUAGGAAAUCUUUUUUGUGUUACAGAUGGUGACUUACCUUCUAUUAUCCUCAACAUCAGUUUCUAUACUCGCCACAGUGGAGAAAAUCGACUCAGGGAACUAUAGGAAUACUGUUGCUUUGGCCAUAUGUAUGUCAUUCAUCGCCUUCGCUGUGACCACCAUCUGUUCUCUGAUGUCUGGUUACAAGCUAUGUAAGAGAAUAAGUUGGUGA